UUCCGUUUCCGGCAAAAUAUAUAACCGGUUCUGAUGCACGCUCCCGGCCGGAAACAUGGCGGUGUCGUGGUGGAGGUUCUACAGAAGGUUGAGUACAGGCUGUACGAGCACGACUUUAACCGAGACUCUGUGGGGUUUUAGCGGCAGGCCCAUGUCCUCCUCGGUGUGCAGUUUCGGCCGGGAGUCCCGGAGCUCCGGACCGGGAAAUGAGAGGAGACCCUUGUUUUCGACGCAGACCCACUCCAAAGCUCUCCACCUAAAUCCAUCUGUAAUCAGCAGACACAGCUCUUGGUUGCCGCCUCCCACAUUACAGUGUUGCUGCUGCAGAGCGACGCACAGCGACGCCAAGCUUAAAGACCCCUUUACGUUGGCCCAGAAAGACUUGACAAGUUUAUACGACGACAUCAAGGAGUUGUUUGUGUCUACGAAAGAACUGAAGCAUCUGUGUGACUAUUAUUUUGAUGGCAAAGGCAAGGCUAUCCGACCAAUCAUUGUCAUCCUGAUGUCCCGGGCCCUGAACAUCCACAGCGACAAAGCUGGAGAUGUACUCCCAGGGCAAAGGACGAUAGCUAUGAUCUCUGAGAUGAUUCACACUGCCAGCUUGGUGCACGAUGAUGUAAUAGAUGGAUCGAACGAGCGAAGGGGGAAGAGAUCGAUCAAUACUGUGUGGGGACAAAAAAAGGCUAUUCUGGCUGGAGAUUUCAUCCUCUCAGCUGCCACGAUGGCCUUGGCUCGACUCGGCAACAGUGCUGUGGUGAAAGUGCUUUCCCAAGCGAUAGACGACUUAGUGCGAGGUGAAUUUAUGCAGCUGGGCUCCAAAGAGAACGAGAACGAGCGAUUCAAGCACUACCUUGAAAAAACCUUCAAGAAGACGGCGAGUCUUAUGGCGCACAGCUGUAAAGCAGUAUCCAUGCUGGUGAACUCAGACCCAGAAGUCCAUGAAAUAGCCUACCAGUAUGGGAAAAACGUCGGCAUCGCCUUUCAGCUAGUAGAUGAUGUUUUGGACUUCACGUCAGGAGCGGAUCAGCUGGGGAAACCCACAGCUGCUGACCUAAAACUGGGUUUGGCCACUGGACCGGUUCUGUUUGCUUGUCAGCAGUUUCCUGAGCUGCAUGCAAUGAUCAUGAGACGCUUCGGCUCCAGUGGAGAUGUAGAUCGAGCCUGGCAGUACGUCCUGCAGAGUGACGGUGUGCAGCAGACCACCUUCUUGGCCCAGCGGUACUGCGAUGAAGCCAUAAGACAGAUCAGCUUCCUGCGGCCGUCUCCUGAGAGGGACGCCCUCAUCCGGCUCACACAGAUCGUGCUCAACAGAAACAAAUAAGCCUCCACCGCCCGCCUUCUCUUCAGGCAGCUACUCCUGGAAAGGCAACUCGCCCUGCAACACAACCAGACCAGGGUGGGACAGAAAUACCAACAGAAGUGUUGAGGGUUGGAUUUGCAAGGAUCCUUGGUGCUGGUUUUCGUGCCACCGCGUUGAUUUAUUGGAUCUUUCAGAACUUUUAUCAUGAUGCAUAAAUACACUUGGUUUUGUCAUGCAAGUUAGUUUUUAUUUAAAUUUUAAUCAAAGUCAGGGUUUGAUGUAAAUUAACAUCUUAGGAGAAAUGGUACUGAAGACGUCACCUUUACAUCAUGCAGUACUGUAACCAUGGCGACCUCCCAUUUCUCAGAUGUGCGUUACACGCUAGCUCUGCGUUGAGCUGUUGUGAAGUCUAAUUCCAAGUGAGACGAGGUGCAAACUUGGGAUGAGAUCCGUCCACCUGUCAAAAGCCAAACAGUCUAUUUGAUAUUUUUUUUUCUAUUUUAAAAGGCAACGUCAAACAACCAAGGCCUUAACAUCUUCAACGACU